AUGAAAAAGAUUGGUACUUAAGCAUUAUUAAUGAAUAAAGGAUCAACUCCUUUUUCAGUGAAUCUUGGAGGUGAUUCAAAAUAAUAAUCACAUCCUGGUUAAUUGAAAUUUUGAUAAGUAGGAAAACUUAUAAUAGAAGACCAAUCACUAUUUAAAAAUAAUAUUUAAACAUUGAAUGGAAAAUUGACAUUGAAAAAAUAGAAAUUAUUAAUCCAACUUAAUAUUUCUAGAACAGCCCAUAAAUAAUCAAAUAAACCUAAAAGUAUAGAAAGUGGUGCAAGAAUCCAAAUUAAUAAAGAAAAACUAGAUUAUGCAUCAGAAAUAGCAUCUGCUUAAGAUUUUUAUUUAUCAUCUAAAAUUAUUUGUUCUACA